GGACUCCACACGUGUCAUUUGAAAAAGUUCCCAAACUGAAAGGCGGCGUUAUUUGCGAGGCACUGCUUGUCCUUGCUACCCUCUUCUCUUUACUCCGUCUCCAAAAGCACCCAAAUUUCCUGUUACAUUUUUCAAAUUCACCUGAAAAUGGCCGCCACGGCGAAACCAGGCUCUCUCACUCCUCUCCAUUCUCAUCUCAGGAAACAUUUCCCUCCUUUUGAUUCCACCUUCAUUCGUCCCAAGAUUAGAGAUUCUCGAUUUUCUCGCUCCAACCCGACUUUAAGGCACGUAAGAACUGCGCCUGUCGUUCCUGUACUUAGAGCCCAAAGCUUCCCUGAGUAUAUUCCGGAUGCAAAAUUCUACAGAGUGGAAGCGAUUCUAAGGCCCUGGCGAGUCUCGCAAGUUUCCUCUGCUUUGCUAAAAAUUGGUAUCCGAGGUGUUACUGUUUCUGAUGUUCGAGGUUUUGGUGCUCAAGGUGGUUCAACAGAGAGGCAAGGUGGCUCUGAAUUUUCUGAAGACAAGUUUGUUGCUAAAGUUAAGAUGGAGAUUGUGGUGAGCAAAGACCAGGUUGAGGCCGUGAUAGAAAAGAUCAUUGAGGAGGCAAGGACCGGAGAGCUUGGAGAUGGCAAGAUUUUCUUGGUGCCUGUUUCAGAUGUAAUAAGAGUUCGCACCGGUGAGCGUGGAGACCAAGCUGAGAGGAUGACAGGAGGACGAUCUGAUAUGACUUCUGCUUGACUGGUUUGAAUUGCAAUAAGCAAGCAAGAUUAGCAUGCCUUACGAGAAAGGUUCUCUACUCAAGAACAACCUGUCUCCAGUUCAACUUAGAAGAUUUGAUAUUCUUGUUACUCUUGUUUUUUGUAGUUUUUAUAUACAUUACCCUUUGAUGGAAUAAAUAAAAAAGGAUAGCUUAUUUUUGUA